AUGGAGGAGAUCCUGCGGUCUAUCCCGUCGGCUAUUGCUGGGCCAGCUGAAAUGCUGCUGACAGCCGUCACUUUAUCGCCCAGACUGGCUGCAGGGCAGACUUCGAUGGCCCCUCCAGGCAGACGCUUCAACACGUUGGCAAAAAAAGAGAUUCACGAGAUGGCUUUGAGGAUGAUGAAGGGAGUCGGGACAGAAAGUCAAAGUCACCGCCAACGCGACCGUCGGGAGGACCACUCGACGCCUAGAGUGUCCUCCGAAGAGCGCCGCGAGAAAGAAAAAGUCGCCGCAGCCACGGGGUUUCGGCUGGAUGAUGUCCUCGCGUUCCGCAAACUUGUCCGCGCGACCAUGAACGCGACGCUUGCAUCGGCUAGCCUGCGAGAGAAAGACCCCGUUCUAGCAGAAACCACGUUGGCCAUGGGCAUCUUCAGUAUUCCUCGCGACGCCCAGAGGCGCAUCACAGACACAGACAGGUGGCGGCGGCUGUUUCCUUCCGCGCGAGGUGAACGCCCCACCGAAGUGCUGACUUUACUUUUCCUCGCGCUGAUGGCGGAGGCCUGCCGUCGGUUUGAUGAAGCAGACGUCUACAUCAUCCAGCUGCUGGUCUGCAAAGCAACUCGACACGAGGAGCUGGCGCCGGAGGAGCGACGGUGUGUUCAACGGGCCUUUAAUCGGCGACUCCAAAGAAGCAAAAAUUCUUGGAAGCACGUGCUGGCGCUCGAGAAGGCCCUCGAGGUUCGGGCAAGCUCUUCACACGGUAACCGGGCAUUUCAGAUGACGGAACUCUCGGCCUACAAGGCCCGCCUGAAGGACGAAAUUGUGCGGCAUUGCUACAGCAUCGUGUGGGCCGUUACCCACCUGAUUAUGGCCCUCCCGUGGUCGACAGACACCCGGCUAUUCUCACACAAGUGUAUCGCGACAGCAUUUCGGCAGGUCACCCAGUUCACGGACUCCAUGCCGCAGUAUCAAUGCCUUCAGUUGGCGAAGGCGAACUAUAAGCGCGCAAUCGACAUCGCGAAGACAGACCCGAGCGUGGGGACUUGCGACAUGCUGAGGAUCGAGACCCUCAUCAGCUGGGCAAAUUUUCUUUUCUACAAUCUGGAGAAGCGGGGGGAAGCGCUGGACUCAGCCCGGCAGACGCUUCAGGAGUGUACCGGCAAACUGGAUACGGUGCCGGAAGAGCAUUACGGCGAGGUCGUUGAAGCGCUGCAGACCUUGAUGAAAACCAUUCGGCGAUGGAGCCAAGAAACCCGGAAGGACGCCGUGUACGAUUGGUGGGCCAGCACAUAA